AUUACAGACUACAGUCACCCUAAGUACUCUGUGAUGCCCACUGUUGUUUUUAGGUUAUGUUUGCUAUUAAAAUCACAAAGUUAUUUUGAAAUUAAUUAAACUUUUAUUAUUCAUAUAUUUUCUUGCAAUUGCACAUUAUGCCAACACCUGAUAUUGAGCGGGUACCGGAAAAUGGUUCGGAUUGCGAUUCAAAUGCAGAAAAUAACUGUAAUGAAUUAUCAGACUCUGAACCAGUAAACGUUAAGAAAACAAGAAAGCGUGGAAUUAUCUAUCUAUCAACGAUUCCUCCUUACAUGAACGUAGCUAAGAUAAGAGAAAUUUUCAGUCAGUAUGGAGAUGUAGGAAGGAUAUAUUUACAAUCUAGUUCCAAACCUGGCGAGAAAAGGAGAAUGCGAAAACCAAAUUUAUUCACAGAGGGUUGGGUAGAGUUCGAAAAGAAAAGUGUUGCAAAAUCAGUUACAGCUAACUUGAAUAAUACAAAAAUUGGUACAAGAAAAAGGUCGCGUUACUAUGAUAUGAUUUGGAAUAUCAAAUACAUUCCAAGAUUUAAAUGGAUCCAUUUGAGUGAACGUCUAACAUAUGAAAGGGCUGCAAUGAAACAACGACUUCAAGCUGAAAUAUCUCAAGCAAAGAAGGAAGCACAUUACUUACAAACAAAUGUUGAGAAGAGUAAGAAAUUGAAAAAGAAAAAAAACUUAGCUAAUGAAUAAGUAUUUUAUGGCUAAUGCUAAAAAUAAAAUAUUGUU